UUUUGUUUGAUCAAAAUUGAAAUUUGAAAGUCAACUUAAUCUUUUGGGAUUCCAAAGUCAAUACCCUUUUGCUUGUUUCGAAUCCCAAGUCCGAUGGAUGAUGUCGACUAGGUUUUGGGAAAUUGUUGUUCUUCCUGAUCUAUCUUUAUCCAUAUCUUUGUUCUGACAAGUGGGUGUCCUGGAUUGAGGUCUGAAGGCUAUAUAUUACGUGUAGCGCUUUAUUGGGAAUUGGGUUUGUUGCUUUCUGGUUUACUGAUGGAGUGCAAUAUAGAGGAAGCUGUUAGAGCUAAGGAGACUGCUGAGAAGAAAUUCGCCGAGAAUGAUUUUGCAGGUGCGAAGAAAUACGCAAUUAAGGCCCAAAAAUUGAAUCCUGGAUUGGAGGGCAUCUCUCAAAUGCUAGCCACCUUUGAUGUUUAUGUUGCUUCUCAGGUUCAGAUUAAUGGUGAAACUGAUUUUUAUUCGAUCCUUGGAUUGAACCCAGUAGCAGAUGAUGAUACUGUUAAGAAACAGUAUAGGAAAUUGGCAGUGAUGCUUCACCCCGACAAGAACAGAACUGUGGGAGCUGAAGGAGCAUUCAAGCUUGUGUCAGAUGCGUGGACACUGUUAUCAGACAAUGUUAAAAGGACUUCAUAUGAUCUCAGGAGAAACAGGCAAUCCACAACUGUGGUUAAUCCCACCAACUCUGCAGUUCAGAACACCAAGGUUAAGGGGUGUUUGAAGUCCAACAAGUCGAAGCUUCGAACUUUCUGGACUGUGUGCACUUCAUGUCGAGUGCAGUACGAGUAUCUCCGUAAGUAUGUGAACAAGAGACUCUCUUGUAAGAACUGCCGGAGAACCUUUGUGGCUGUAGAGACAGUGAAACCUCCGGAAACCAGUCCGAUCCCUUUCUGUUCUUGGUCAGUUUUGCCUGAGAAUGUCCAUGGAAGUCACGGGUUCAAUGGGUUGACAUAUAUUCCGGCUAGCACCAUUGUUUUCACGGGAACUGGGUUCGGGGGAUUCCAUUCUGGUGUGGGCUACGAGUAUCCUAAUAUGGCUUUCCAGUGGAGUCCUUUCCCUGGAACCCCUGCUGCUGGGUUUGCAGGCGUUCAUGGACCAACAACAGGUGUUCCUUCUCCAUCUCCAGCUCCAUCCGCUGGUAGUGUUCAUCAGUCCAGCAGCAACAAUGUCAAAAGACACGGAGAGAAGAUCAAGGCAGCAGCAGCAGCAGCAGCAGCAGCCAAGGACAAAGAUCUUACAGAGAAUGGCAGUGCAAUGGGCGCUAAGGCUUCCAUUGAACUUACAACCUCUGCUAAAAGUGAUAGGCAUGAGAAGAAAAGGAAGACCAAUGAAGGAACUUCCAUGAACGGGUACCAAGAAGAAAAGAGGACCAGAACUGUGAUUUCAGAAACAAAAACGGCCAAUGGGGUAGGAAACCUCACACAGGAUGCGAAGAAGUUCCCUAGCACAGGUGAGGCUCCAAAUAGACGUUGCUCGGCUGCGCCGGCAUUUGAUGCUCGGCAGCUGCUCAUUGACAAGGCUAGGACAGAAAUCCGAAAGAAAUUGGAAGAGAUGAAAUCCGCUGCAGCAGCAGCAGCAGCUAAGCCAAGUGAGAACUCCAAAGCCCAGUUACCUGCGAGGGGUAAUGCUGAUCAGGGUGAUUGUGCUGAUGAAUCACAGACAAACCAACCUGGACCUGGGUCCAUCUCUAUAAGUGUUCCUGACCCAGACUUUCAUGACUUCGACAAGGACAGAUUGGAGGAAUGCUUCAAGCCGAAACAGGUAUGGGCCAUGUAUGAUGAAGAAGAUGGCAUGCCUCGCUUGUACUGUCUGGUCCGCCAGGUUAUCUCAGUGAAACCAUUCAAGAUUCGCAUCACUCGCUUGAACUCUAAAUCCGACAGUGAAUUUGGGUUGGUGAAUUGGGUGGAUUCUGGGUUCGUCAAAUCUUGUGGACAUUUCAGGGCAUGGGAUACGGAAGAUGUUGAGUUGGUUAACAUCUUCUCCCAUAUCCUCCCCCAUGGAGCCAAAGCUGGCAGGGGAGGUUGCAUUCGGAUUUUCCCCAAGAGAGGUGACAUCUGGGCUGUUUACCGGAAUUGGUCUCCGGAUUGGAAUCGCACAACCCCAGACGAAGUGAGGCACCAGUAUGAGAUGGUGGAGGUUCUCGAUGACUACAACGAAGAGCUGGGCAUCUGUGUUACUCCACUCAUCAAAUUGGAUGGAUUCAAGACAGUAUAUCAGAAGAAUAGUGAUCAGAAAGCAGUCCAGUGGAUUCCUCGCAGAGAGAUGUUGCGGUUUUCACACCAGGUACCGUCAUGGCUGCUUCAAGGAGAAGUCAGUACUAAUCUUCCUGUUGGAUGCUGGGAUCUGGACCCAGCUGCGACCCCGGAAGAGCUGCUUCAUGGUGCAGGUCUAAUGGAAACAAGGACUAUUGAUGAUAAACCUGAACCUGUUCAGACGAAUUGGAUUUGUGAAAUGUAGUAGUAGUAGUAGUAGUUGAUAUACACUUUUUAGUUGGCUGAUGUUAAAAAAAUUUGACAGCCAAAAGAGAGUGAGAAAUUUAUCAUUCAUGUAACUCGAAACUCAGGCAUGAUUUACUAAUGAAUUGGAUUGGGUUCAUUCUGAGUU